UACAUUCAUUUGGCUAGCGUAGUAGCGUCUCUCCUAUCCACUAAUCAUAGUCAAUCCAACAUUGGCCGCGGCCACGGCGCACACCGCUGUAGAAGCUAUCACACUGGUCGAGUAAAGUCAACCUCCACAGCCGGCAUGAAAUAAUAAUAAUAACAUCUACAAAAUAUUAACAAUUAUUAUUAUUUUUUGUCUAUCCGCGCCUCCUCCCUCGCGGCGUCACCGCCGCGCCGUGCGUUGUACGGCCUGUACGUAAUCUAUUCGUUUAGUCGACUUGUUAUAGUACUGGUAUAGAUUAUAUUAUAUAUUUUACAUCACACACGCACACGGACACGGCACACUCAAACGCGCUCAGACGCACACGCACGCACAAGAUCGACUUUCACACACGCGCAUGCACGCUCGGCGUACACACUCGCGCGCUCACACACGCACACUCUAGCGCGCGCGCAUAUAAUUAUUUUAUUAAAUAUUAUUUACCCGAUAGUGAAACUAUAAUAAUAAUGUAUACAAUAAAUUUCAUUCCGAUAACAGAAAAAAAAAAAAUAACAUUUAUGGUUUAAAAUUAUAUUUCCACUUGCGUUAAUUAUUAUAAUACGACAAUUUACGCGUAAAUCGACGUUGGUGACUAAUUAAAUUGAUGUUUUUAUUCAGUCGUGUAUGUGUAUCGCGUCGUAUUAUACAUGCAUAUUAUUAUUGUUAUUAUUCAACUCUACCUAUUUUGAUAAAUUAAUUGUCAUUCACCGGCAAUUACCAAACAAUAAGCAGCUCAGCGAUCCGGUUUCAGAUACAAAAGUUUUUUGGCUUGUCUAGUCGUGUACGAGCUUAUUAUAACAAGUAUUCGACGCCGACUGGAUGGACGGCGUUUGACACGAAAACUAUCUUUCACAUACUAUCAUAGACGCUAUACAUCAGCUAAAAACGGCAGAAGUGAAAUUAUAGCAGACGAAGAGCCAAUGAGUGACGUGAAAGAUGAAGUCAAAGCUGAUGGUGACCAAAGUAUUAAGCAGCAGCAAGCGUCACCAAAACUUGUCGAUACUGAUAUUCCAAUGACAUUUGUGGAGGCAGAUCACAAUUCACUAAAACACUGUAAGAAAAAUGAGGACAAUGAAACAAAGGAAGGUGACCCAACGAAACAGGAUGAGAUAAUAAAUACUGUGCGUCUGGUAGGUGAGCCACUGGCCACACAUGGCCCAUAUACAUUUUACAGUGCAUUAGCGUAUCGCAAACGCGAUGAUGUAACAAAAAAGAAGAGACGGCGGUGGAAAAAGCCAAUAACAGGGGUGGACGAUGAAAGCGAUAAUGCUGCCGAAUCCUACGAUUCAUCCUCGUCAUGUUGCUGUGCCAAUAAUGAUGCCGGAAAUGAUUUGUGUUUCUGCGACAAUGGUUCAUUGUCAUCAAGGUCUUCGUCACCAUCUCAUUCUGAAUGGUCCGUUAUACACAUGAAUCAUUUCUACCCAGUUCGCCCAUGGUACAGCAAGAAAAACAGCAGUAUUGGUGACGGGCAGCAGCAAAGACGCCAUAGAGAAAACUCGCCGAAAUCAACUAAAACAACUACUGCUGCAACAGAAAGGAGACAGCAUCACUAUCAGCAAUCGGUGUGUAUUGGUGAACUGGAGUUAUUAUGGCGUGAUGACAGUGUGGUAACGUCAUCAACAGCUCCAUCGUCUUCUUCACAGCUCAAGAAACGUAACAGUAACAGAAUUGUGCCACCUGCACUGUUAACUGUGGCAUCAAAUGGCGAGGAUGAUGGAACAGAUCCUAUGACAAGUAGUAGCAACAUCCAUGGCGAUGCUGUGGCCAGUUCAGAUGAAGACGACGGUGUUAGUGGUAGAUUUGACGAUGAUUCGUCAUCAUUAUUGCCACGCCGUCGUACUUUGCCCAGACGCACUCGUCAGCCGUCGGCUAAGAAACUUGAGGCUGCAGAAUCAUAUGCCGCAGUGGCAGCUGCAGCAGCGUCAGAUAAUCAUCACUUGUCACAGUCGCUAUACAACCGCAAUCGCUUAUCCACGACUGCACCGUCAGACCCCACCUCCGUGAGUGUUCCACUUUUAUCACCAGAUUCUCAGUAUAGUCAUGGAAACGUACUAUGCAGUGUUCGGUUAUAUGUGAUGCCUGAUCAGACAGCUACCGGCCGACUUGGUGGUGUACAUGGUGAAGAUGAAGUGUUAGAGAUCAACACUUGGAGUGCCAAUGGUGGUGCAGAAAGAUGGCCGAGUAACAUAUUUAUUAAUGGCAACAGCGGUGUAGGAUCUAUCUACAACGGUAGUGGUAGCGUUGACGAUUAUGGUUAUGGUAGUGGAAGUCAUUCGUCAGGAACAUUGCCGUCUGGCUGUUCGGGAUUAGUAUUGCGAGCCGAAGAUUUUGUCGAAUGGGUUCGCGGUGGACUGAUGAAUGAUGAUGACGAAAAUGAAGACACCGAGUCUUUUGAUGAGUCAUUAGAAUCAGAUUGUGAUGAUAACAGUUCUAAUGACCGAAAAUGCAAUAGAGUAGAAACUUCAAAACCUAAGGAUGAGCCACUGUCAUCUUUAGUUACGGACACAAUGGCCGAUGUAAAACAAUGUAAGGAAGAAAUAUUAAAUACUUGGAAUGAUGAUAACAACAGCAAAGUGAAAUUAGAAUCUACCCCGAUCAAAAAUGAAGUGAUAACAGAAAAUUUACUUUCUGUAAAUCCAGAAAAAGUGAAAUUAGAAUCUACCCUGAUCAAAGAUGAAGUUAUAACAGAUAAUGUACUUUCUGUAAAUCCAGAAAAAGUGAAAUUAGAAUCUACCCUGAUCAAAGAUGAAGUGAAAACGGAAAAUUUACUUUCUGUAAAUCCAGAAAAAGUGAAAAAGGAACAAGAAGAGCUAACUGUAACUGUUGAUUCUGGUGUCGUUGAUAGUAAAACAAUAAAACAAAAACACGAUAGCAGUAACAUUGAUUAUUACUCAAAACAUGUUGUUGACGAGGCUGUAGAAGCCGAACAUGUUCCUUUAGCUGCAGCUAGAAUUCACAAAAAACAGUGUGAACGUGUUACUGACCGUCAUCGACGCUGUCAUCGUCAGCGUCAUUGCUUAAAUCAGAGGUCAUUGGUAAAUGGUGAUAGCACUAGUACUGUUGCUAAGAAAAACGAGCGUCGCCAUUAUAAUGUAUCAGCAGUGACAAAUAAAGUUGGAAAGAAGCAGGACAAUGAUAAAAAAUGUUGCUGCUAUUGUUGUAAACGCCGUCGUCAAAAUUACCAACAUAAUGAAAAAAAAACAAUAAACAAUGUCAGUGUGGGUAAUAGUAUUAAACAACGAUUGGUGGUGAUGAGCUACUCUCGAUACUGCCGAUAUAGAGCACAAUUGCAACGUAAGCGUGAACAGCAGUUGAACCAGGGAAAUGCCCCUGUUGUCAUAGCUGAUGAUAAAGAAAAGUUGACGACAACCACAUACCGUGGAUUAGAUUCGAUGACCAGAGUUCUAUUUUGUCGAGACACAUAUGAUUAUCCAGCAGAACUACUGUUAGAGCCUUUUAAUGCACAACAAAACCAUCAGCAACACACGGCAGUUUUGGUCAACCACAUGGCGCCUAAACUCAAAGGCUGGCCUUCUCAUCCAGCAUCCUGGAUGUCAUUCCGAUGGAACCGAGUGCGUCGUCGGUUACGCCACCUUGAACGCGGUGGUGAUAGCAAUGAUGACCGACGUAGGCGUCAUCGACGUCGAAAGCUUAAGAAGAAAUGUAGUCGACAACAAAUUGGAGCCAGUGGGGCGACUGUGGGAAUGAAUUAUUCGUCAUCAACUGAUGACGACGAUUCUGAUGAUUCAGAUUCCGAUGAUGAGUCUUCUGCUACAAAUGAUGCUGCCACAAACACCACUACUGACGCUUCAACCUCAGAUUCGGAUAGCGGACCACCGCCAUCAACAGUAGUGUCUAAAACUGCCAAUAAGAAUAAUUCCACCACAAAAGUGAACAUUCAUCACAGUAACAAAAAAACUAUCUCUACAUCAUCUACCGGAAACAUGGUUGUAAUUAAUGGUGCUACUACUGUAUCUGCAGCUAUGAUUAACAAGCGGCCAGCUAUGGCUGUUGGACAAUCGGGUCAGCAACAACCGACCAAACGUCGCCGCGUGGUUUAUACCACUGAACAACUUCAGAAUAUACAUCCGCAACAAUCACGAGUAAAUUACCAGCAGCAGCAACCACAUCCAAGACCUAGACAGCCCCAGCAACAGCAGCAGUCUAGUCAUCGAUUUAGACAAUUGGAACAAUUGAAUCAGCUUAGCCAAUCCCAGCGUCAACAACACAUCCUCGCUGCUCAGCAGCAACAACAAAGACUACAGCCGUUAAACAGACGACUGCCACCACCUAUUUCGUCUCUACAAUCUUCAACAACUAGAAUAAUACAUCAUCACUUGCCACCUUCGGUAUCUAUUAUGCCAGUCAUAGUCCCGACUACUAAUAGUUCUCCUCAUCAACAGCUACAACGAUUCAAUAAUCGACUGCAAAACCGGCAAAAAAUACAUGCUACUGCUACAGUUUUACCCGUCACUUCUCAGCGAAGAAAUAAUAACAUUGAACGACAACAAAUGCCACUUCCACCUGUCAUAAUAGAAUAUGAUGAUGACGAUAAUAACCAAGAGUAUGGAUCUGAUGAUAAUGGUCGAUACAAAAAAGCAACAGUGGCAGCAAUGGUGGCUUGCCAAAGACGUGUUUCACGACAAAAUUUUAACGAUGAGCAAAGACAACAGCGAGAAGAUGAAGAAAGGCAGCGUCGGUGGCUAGUAGAUGCUUUGCGAUUGGGUGGGUUAGAAGUUACAGCAGUACCUUUAAAGGCAAGUGCUGGUAGUGGAAACAGCGUUGGAAAAGAUGCUAGUUCUGCAGUAACUUCACAACAACGUCGGCGGCGUAAUGUUUCAUUGUUGUCCGCCAAGAACGAAGACUACAACGGUGGUAUUCAGAACAAACCAUGUCACGGUGGUACAGAUGAUGACUCAAAUGUAGAUUCAGACUCAGAUUCUGUAGUGAUGACUGUGACGCCUGAUGUUGUAUGCCUAUUGAACAAGUCUCAGCAACAUCAACAACAAAUAUCUCAUCAAAGACAGACAUGUGGAAGUGGUUCCACAACAACAACCUCUGUUACAAUGAGUCAUAAUCAUCAACAGCGACGGCGGUCAGCUAACAUGAACCACAGUAGCAUUGGUGGCCCACAGCAUACUGCAGCUGCGGCGGCAGCAGCUUUACAUGACAAAAUAAAUCGCGCGAUUAAUUCACUGAAACUACAACAGCAGCAACAAAUGCCGAACGAAGACACACCAGUCAGUAAUAACAGUAACAAUGUAUUAUUAACCGGUGGAGCUAAUCAUGGUAAUCCUACUGGUGAUAAUAAUAAUAGGCAACAACAAAAACUGCGCAAAAAUGGUAAUGUAAUCCAGCAACAGCAGACAGCGGCCCUUCUGGAUCUUUCUGUUAAGCCACCAAUAUUACAGAACACCACAAGGCAACAGAGAUCAAUGUCAACAGUCGUUAACAGCAACCUACAAAAUCAGCAAAACCGAAAAGGUCUAAUACCAUUCCAUUCUACUACCACUUCAGGACCUUCAACUUCCUCAACUAACCUAGAAAUUACAAUCGUACCUGUCACAACUUCAGCUUCAUCUAAUUCGUUGAGGCUUCUAUCACAGCAGCAACAUAAACGUAGUUUGUCAGCAGCAACACAUAAUAGCAGUGGUUCUGCUUCUAGUUCUUCUGCUCCAAUGACAGUUAGGCAACAACUACAACGUCGGAAUGCAACUGUGGUCUCAACAGCUACAGCACCUGCAUCCAUUGUAGACAUGUUAUGUGGAGGCAGAAGUAGAAACCUUCAACAUCGUAAUGGUAGUAGUAUGUCUGUAACAGCAACAUCUACUAUUACUACUACUUCUUCUUCUUCUACUACUCAUCCUUCUUUGCAGCAAAACCAACAGCAACAAAUGUUCAUAAUAGCUGCUACUGCAAUGGCUGCUCAACAACAACAGAAAACUGAUAAGCGUAAAUCACAACAAACUAAAAAAGAUUAAGAUGAUCAUCCACCAAUUAUUCAGUGUGAAACAAUAGCUGAGAAGAUAGAGAUAAUUAAAUUUUGGUUUGUGUACAAAGUAUAAUUUAUUCAUGCCUAUUUACUAUAAUCAUAAUGUAUUAUAUGUCCUAUAAUUUUAAAAAUAACAUGCAUUAGAGUUUAGUAUAAUGUAUCUGGUUUAUUUUCUAUAAAAAAUCGAAAACUAUGGUGUGUGUGUGUGUGUGUUUGUGUUUGUUUUGUUUUGUUACAAAAACUA